AUGCUAGUGUCAUCAAGUCAAUUGCCCCAACUCUCAGUUUCUCAGGAACCUAAGGAAGUCAUCAAAAGUCAACUGGAUGACCUUGAUGGUGGUAAGUGCUCUACUAAGCCUCAACGAAACGCAGUUAUAAUCUAAUUCUAUCUCUAGGCUUCAAAGCUCUGGAAGCCCUCGUAGAUUUUCUCCAAGAAUUUCUCUAAAGGGUAAAGGCGGAAAUAAAGAGGAGAGAGGGCUACCUUGCUGAGAAGAAUGGCUUUCAAGAAGAGCGUGAUUGGAAACAGUGCUUGCCCAGCCGCACACACUCGAACAUUAACUUCGACAUACCCCGCUACUCUUCUUAUCUCCUGUCUCGAUACGGAAUCUUCGAACUUCUCCAAUUGGAUUACAAGUAUACGUCGGGCGAACUCCAUGCUGAACUCGUCUAUGCAAAAGGACUUCUUUACAAGCGAGGAAGUUACCCUUCUUGGUCCAAAUCUAUCCGAAAUGAGCUUGAAAAUACAGAAAUGUCACCAGAAAAGGCCCAGAGUAUUCUAAGCCGGAUUGACGAACACCAAAGCCAAUUGUGCCAACGCUUCGAAAAGACUGCCUUGAAAUUGAAGAGUAUCAGAAAAUCCAAUCGACCAUUAUGGACCGCUCUUCGAAUUCAUAUCCUAAAAUCCGACAUGGAGGAAGGAGAGAGUGACUCAGUUUACUGGGCAAGAAAACAAGUGGUUUUGCGAAACCUGUCACAGACUGGUGUUGACGAAGCGACUGAAGAAGCGCUGUAUGGAGUUUAUUGUACCUCGCUUCGUGGAGAAUCAAAGGUUUACAUCGAAAACUGGAAGAAAUUGAAGGAAUUUGAGAUGGAGCUCCGCUCUCCUCAAUUGACAACUACCUGGCUUCCCAUUCUUCGAGAAUGA